AUGCUGCAAGGACAACUUAUCAAGCACAUGGAUCGUUGGCCAGAAGACGCCGAGCACUACCUUUCUGUUGCUAGUUAUUUUCUGCUUUUGACAGUAAUCAUUAGAGUAAACUUUUUUUAUUUCUUAGCUGCAUUUAGUAGUCUUAGCCGGAGAAUUAAGUACUCCAUCGGGGAAAGAAACUCAUUCUGUGCAGAUUACCGACUACAUCAGGUUUGGUAUCAGAGCCAGAUGGCUGAGAGCAGUAGACGGGUGGCUCCCGGUGAAGAUCGAAGCCUUGAAGACCUUUGGGCAGAGCAUCGGAAACUAGCGCAGCAAGUGGAAGAGGCUGCGACCGAAGCUCAAAUGUUCCAAACGGAGGUGCGACGAGAUCUGCGAAUGAUCUUCGUACGCUUGGAACGCAAUCCGGCAAUGCGGAUGGCAACGCCGAAUAAUCAUCCAGCGGCUCGCCGUGGAUUGGAUGCUGGAAGAAUAGCAAACCAAGAGGUGCAGAGAUGCGAGGUGUCAGAUUCAGAAGAUGAAGCUGAUUUAAUUAGAGAGCUGGAACUAUCCGAUUCGGAGGAGGAUGAAGGUUUUCAUCACCGCCGGCGUCAAAGGGGAACGGAGCGAAAUCACGGUGAGUUUCGCGUUAAAUUGGAUAUUCCGUUCUUCGAUGGAAAACUACACAUCGAAGACUACCUAGAUUGGGAGCGGGCAGUAGAGACUUUUUUUGAAUACAUGGAGAUUGAACCGGCGAGGCAAGUGAAGUAUGUUGCCUGUCGAUUGAAAUCGGGAGCUAGCGCGUGGUGGUUACAGUUAUUGCAGUCAAGAAGACGCGAAGGUAAGGGACCUAUUCGCAGUUGGAUGAGGAUGAAGCAAUUGCUCCGUGGUCAUUUUUUGCCUACAGAUUAUGAACAAUUGUUAUAUAUGCAAUAUCAACAUUGCUCGCAAGGUAACCGAUCAGUCAAUGAAUAUACGGAGGAAUUUUACCGUAUGAGUGCAAGGAAUAAUCUGAACGAAUCCACAAAUCAACUUGUUGCAAGAUAUGUGGGAGGCUUGAAAGAAGCAAUCCAGGACAAACUUGAAUUAAACACUGUUUGGUCAUUAUCCCAGGCAGUAAACUAUGCCUUGAAAGUGGAGGUGCAAUUGGCAAGACAUAGCAGGAGCAGUCAGGGAAAACGAGUUGUGGAACAAGCUGCAGAAAGCUACCGAUCCACUAAUAUGAAUGCUCUUCCAAACAGCAGGAUUCAAAACAAUUCGGGAGGAAUCCAAAUACCGCCGGGUGCUGGAAACAAAAACUUGGAGUCGAAAAUCGCCCCGAGACUCAAAGGUCAGUCUAAAGAAAAUCCUUAUUCUAAACCUUCGACUAUCAAAUGUUUCAGGUGUUUUCAGCAAGGGCAUAAAUCCAACGAAUGCCCGACACGACCUCAAAUUCACACAAUUGAAGCGGAAGAAGACACGACGUUAGAAGACGGCGAGGAGGAAUUGGGAGAUUCACAUGAGGAGGUGAACGGAGAUGAGGGUGAACCACUUAUUUGUGUGAUACAAAAAUUACUUCUGACACCAAGACAAACCGACAGAUCGCAGCGAAACAUUUUGUUUAAAACGAAAUGUACAAUCAACGGGAAGGUUUGUAACUUACUGGUCGAUAGCGGAUGUACAGAAAAUGUAGUUUCCAAAGCGGCAGUGCAGGCCCUACAACUUAAAACAAUUCCGAAUGCUAAUCCAUACAAAGUUAGCUGGGUGAAGAAGGGUGUCGAGAUCGCUGUCACAGAUAGCUGCCGAGUUCAUUUUUCUAUUGGGAAGAACUAUGAUAGCGAAGUCGUGUGCGAUGUAAUCGACAUGGAUGUUUGCCACAUCAUUCUCGGAAGACCUUGGCAGUUUGACGUAGGGGCAAUUCAUGAUUGUAGAGCCAACACUUACACCUUCAAAUGGAAGGGAAAAACACUAAAAAUGAUGCCCAAUAGUAAGGAGACGGAAGAUGUUGGCCAAAACAGCAAACUGUCAAUGUAUGUGGUGUCCGGCAACCAGUUAUUGCAUGCUUGGAGAGACUCGACGCACAUUUUGGCACUUGUAGUUAAAGAGCAAACAGCCGCAGUGGAGCAAGGUGAGGUUCCAGAACUUGUCAAAAAUCUGAUCGAGCAAUAUGCAGAUCUCGGCCCAGCGAAUCUUCCAGCUGAGCUGCCGCCCUUAAGGAACAUCCAGCAUCGUAUUGACUUGAUACCAGGCUCAACAAUUCCCAACUUGCCGCAUUAUCGCUUAUGUCCGAAGGAGCAGCGAAUUUUACAACAGUUGGUGGAUGAAUUGCUCGAGAAACAGCUAAUUCAACAUAGCCUGAGCCCAUGUGCAGUCCCCGCUUUGCUCGUACCUAAGAAAGAUGACAGUUGGAGGAUGUGCGUUGACAGCAGAGCAGUUAACAAAAUCACCGUCAAAUUUAGAUUUCCGAUGCCGAGGAUUGAGGAGAUGCUAGAAAGAUUAGCUGGAUCAAAAAUUUUCUCCAAAUUAGACCUCCGAAGUGGGUAUCAUCAGAUUCGAAUCAAUCCCGGGGACGAAUGGAAGACAGCGUUUAAGACGAGAGAGGGAUUAUACGAAUGGCGUGUAAUGCCGUUCGGCUUAUGCAACGCUCCGGCGACAUUUAUGAGGCUGAUGAACGAAGUCCUUAAACCCUUCUUGAACAAGAGCUGUGUCGCUUACUUCGACGACGUGUUGGUGUUUAGCGGCAAUUUGGAAGACCAUCUCCAGCACUUGAAGCAGAUUUUUGAAGUCUUCAGACAAAACAAACUGUACUUAAAUAUGGCAAAAUGUGAGUUUGCCACAAAUGCUGUCUCAUUCCUCGGAUUCAAGAUAGAUGCUGCGGGUGUGAGUACAGAUUCGAGAAAGAUUGAAUCCAUAGUGGGGUGGCCUACUCCAAAGUCUUUUACAGAUAUACGGAGUUUCCACGGCCUGGCAAAUUUCUACAGGAAAUUUAUCAAGGGCUUUAGCAUCAUCGUAGCUCCGCUAACCGACAUUUUAAAGCAAAAACAAUUCCAGUGGGGAGAAGAGCACAACAGGAGCUUUGAAGCAAUCAAGAAAGCACUGUCAUCCGCACCGGUGUUGGCUUUACCAGAAUUUGACAAACCAUUUUCUGUAGAAACGGACGCAUCCACGGUCGGAAUCGGUGCCGUCCUGACUCAAGAAGGCCGACCCAUCGAAUUCUUUAGCGAGAAGCUAUGCCCAUCCCGACAGCGGUGGUCAGUUUACGAGCAAGAAUUAUACGCCGUGGUGAGGGCGUUAAAGCAGUGGGAACACUAUUUGCUACACCAGGAUUUUGUUCUAUGUAGUGAUCACAAGGCACUACAAUAUAUUAAUACACAAAAGAACAUCAACCGCAUGCAUGCAAGGUGGAUCUUAUUUUUACAAAAGUUUACUUUUGUGUUGAGACACAAAAGCGGUGCACAAAAUCGAGUGGCGGAUGCCUUAAGUCGCCGAUCUGCUCUCAUCACCCAGCUACAAACGGAAUUCUUGGGGUUGGAUUCAUUGCAGGAGUUGUACAGAGAAGAUAAGGAUUUUGGCAAAGUUUGGCUUCAGUGCAUUAAUCAGGAACCAACGGAUGACUUUUCAUUGAGGCAUGGAUUUUUAUUUAAAGGAAAUCUCCUGUGUAUCCCAGAGUCAUCUUGGCGGCAGAAGUUAAUUCAAGAAGUGCACGGGGGCGGGUUGGCUGCUCAUGCCGAAAGAGAUAAAACAUUAGCACAAUUACAGAGCAAAUUGUUUUGGCCUCAUUUAAGGAGGUAUGUUAGCAAAUAUGUGGAACGAUGCUCCAUUUGUCAAACAUAA